CCUGCCGUUCCGCAGAAAAGGAAAAUAAUGAUUUUCAAGCAGUUAAUUAUUGUAAACAAAACGUUACCUACCAUCAAUUUAUUAUUAUUAUUUUAUUUGUUUUUAAACUAAAUAAUAGCACAGUUUGAAUAUAAUAUACGUUCACAAUAAUGACUAACACAGAUUUAAAGCCCAUGCCUUUAAAAAUAUACAAUGCAAUCGUUAAAGAUUUUAAUAAAAUAACUUCAUUUAGUAGGAAGUCUGAAAAUGAACUGCGAAAAAAGUACAAAGAUGUACCACCUUCCACAAUGGGCAGUAUAAUUUCAUUACUUGUACAAAGAUCCAUGAAGCAGAGCUAUCGAAAGUCUCCAGUGAUAUCAAGUAAAUAUUAUGAACUAUAUGAAGAACUAAUGAGAGACAAGAAUCAAGGGGAUAUUAUCCAUAAGUUAGCAGACAGUCAAGGCAUUAGUCCAGCACUAUUUGCUAGGUCAUUACUACAAAAUGUAUCAUCUGAUUCUACUGUAGUUAAAAAAUACUUUAAGGAUACAACAUUAAUCGAAAAUAAAGACUUGGCUUAUCAAGUAUUUUUGGGAAUAAUGAACGAUAAUCAGUAUGGUCCAUAUGUAGAUAUAAUAAAACAAUCAAUAGGACUAGAAUAUGAACUAAGAUUGGAAAGAGAAUUAAGAAUGAUGAAUAUAUCUUUUUCUGAUGAAAAUUUACUCAGAUUAAGAGGAUAUGACAAAACUCCUGAUUUCAAGUUGGAUGUUCCCAUUGCUGUUGAUAACUUUAUUAUUAACUGGAUAGAAAGCAAAGCUCUAUUUGGUGAUGAAGAAAAUCAUUUAGGAUACCUGAAAGAGCAGCUUAUGUGCUAUUGGAAUAGAUUCGGGCCGGGGCUUGUUAUAUAUUGGUUUGGAUAUCUAGAAGUUUUAGAUUUAACACCAGAAGUAAAUAAUAUAUUCAUUUUACGUACAUCAUUUCCAGACAAAUCAAGCAUCACACAAUAUAAAAUUGAUUUGUAAAAUAAAGCUCUUAUUCUAUUA